UUUACAGUAAACAUGUCGCUGGAGUUCUGCUCCAAACUGCUCUCCGGUGUUAGGAGACUGAGACCCUGUCUUCUGGACAAGAAGACCGGCUGUCGGUGUGUCACAAGGCGCUUCACCUCCGAGCUGAAAGGUAUAAAGCAGAUUAAACCACUAGAUGGCAUCAGAGUCUUAGACCUCUCCAGAGUUUUGGCUGGCCCCUUUGCCACAAUGAUCCUGGGAGAUUUAGGGGCAGAGGUAAUCAAAGUUGAGCGACCAGGUUCAGGAGAUGACACAAGAGCAUGGGGCCCUCCAUUUAUACAUGAAGAGAGCGUUUACUUCCUUAGUGUGAACAGAAAUAAAAAGAGCAUUGUUGUUAAUCUGAAAGAUCCAAAGGGGGCCAAUCUGAUAAAAGAGCUUGCCAGAAGUUGUGAUAUACUUGUGGAAAACUAUCUUCCCGGUAAACUGGAUGAAAUGGGACUCGGCUAUAAGGAUAUGAGUCAAGCAGCCCCGCAAAUCAUCUACUGUUCCAUCACAGGCUAUGGUCAGACUGGACCCCAGUCACACAAACCUGGGUAUGACUCCAUCGCAUCCGCUGCGUCUGGUAUGAUGCACAUCACAGGUCCUGAGGAUGGAGAUCCAGUGAGGCCUGGAGUCGCCAUGACAGACCUGGCCACUGGACUAUAUGCUCAGGGAGCAGUGAUGGCUGGCCUGCUGCAGAGACAGAAGACUGGACAAGGUCUUCACAUCGACUGCAACCUGCUUUCAUCUCAGGUGGCUUGCCUCAGUCACAUUGGCGCGAACUACCUCAAUGCAGGACGAGAGGCCAGAAGAUGGGGCACGGCUCAUGAGAGUAUCGUCCCAUAUCAGGGCUUCAAAUCAAAAGAUGGAUACAUAAUCGUGGCUGCUGGGAAUGAUCAGCAGUUUGUCAAAGUGUGCAAAGUUUUGAACCUAAACGAGCUGGCAAAAGAUCCAAAGUACAAGUCCAACACAUUACGAGUCCAGCACCGCAAGGAGCUGCUGCAACUUCUGGCUGCGAGGUUCUCUGAGGAAUCCACCGCUAACUGGCUGAGACGCUUCGAAGGGACCGGAGUCCCCUGUGGCCCCAUUAACACCAUCCAGCAGGUGUUCUCCGACCCGCAGGUUGUUCAUAAUGGCCUAAUUUUGGAGAUGGACCAUCCAACUUCAGGAAGGAUUUCAGUGCCAGGUCCCGCUGUCCGGUUCAACAGUUUUGAGUUUGACAAGCCAGCCCCACCCCCUGUUGUUGGUCAGCACACAGUCGAGGUCCUGAAGAACAUCCUGGGCUACAGUGAUGAUGUCAUCAACCAGCUGCUGACUUCACAGACUGUCACUCAAAAUACAGUUUACUAAUGCUAGCGAGCAAGGCAUGGCCAAAUCCACUUCUAAAACGUGAUCAAAGUGCCUCCUUUUACCAAAUAAACACUCUUUAAUGCACACACACACACACACACACAGAACAUUGACUUGACACUACGGGAGAAAUAUUGUUCCACCUCCCACAUUCAAUGGUUAUGUUUUAGAAAUUAAUCGGCCAAAAAAAGCCAACCUAAAAGCUAUCCACGAAUGUAACAAUAAUAACUGAAUGACGCAUGAGGAGGCUCGGAGGGUCUGGCCUGCCAGUUGGCGUGUCCAGUGGAAUUUGGUCUGGCUCGGUGACCUGCGCUCACAUUCACAUCACCUCACAUCUCUUCUUCCUGUUUUAUUGAUCAAUAUUGUAUCCAGACUCCCUGCUGGAUAAGCUUUCAAAUCAAGCAUUCGGCAACGAGAGGAAGGAAAAGCUAUUUCUCAGCUCUUUGGGCUGUCUCUUACAGUUUUAAGCUCAUUACCGUCUUGCCUAAAUUCACAAUUUCUGACUGAACGCCAAGUCUAGCGUGGAAAUACCCUACGUCAUAUCUGGAAAUACCCUACGGUUAAUGAUGCACGGCACAACUCGUAAUGUUUGCCUAGUGUGAAUUAAAAUACAAUUGGAAAUCUUGGAAAUGAUCCAAGUUACUGUAACACUACAAAUUUAAGAGGAGCAUCAGUGACUGAAAACCUACUUCAGACAGUCUUCUAUUAAUUGGCUACUUCUUGUUAUGGGGUAAAUAUAAUGACAAUACAUCACUAUUACAGCUUCUAUCACCUUCCAAGAGAAGUAUUGGACUUUGUCCAAGGGUGACUUCUGUUUUUACACCUGCCCAAAUAAACCACACCAAGAAAGCACCAUUUGUUAAUGCCAAGGUUGAAUUCAAGCAAAACACUAAUGCAAGUCAUAUGCUUUUGUUUACACUCGGAAUUAUUUCACGAUUUAAUCUAGAAAACAGUAUUUUAAAGCUAUUCUUAAAUGAUGUUUAUAAUGACAUUCUCAUUGCUUUUAUGUUUCUCUACAGCUUUUAUGUUAAACUUUUUUUUUUCCCUGUUAAAAAUUUCAAGUUCUAUGGAAGACUAUAUUUAGCAGAGGUGACGUCAGACUCAGGAAAGUACCAGAUUAAAUUUGCCUAAAAGCUUAUGUCAUUUAACCUUUUACCUUAAAUGCUGAAACUGAGCUACUUUCCCGCUCACACAGCCUCUUUGUUCCUGAGUGUGAGCAAAACUGCAUCGAGUUCAGAUUGUGUACUGUAUUUUAUGCAGUGAAUGCCGUGAUAAUUAGCGUAAUAAGUGCACUACAAUAUGACCGGAAUCCUUAUUGCAUUGUUAAAUCAUAUAAUUAAUCAGUUGAUUGUCUAAUAAGCACACUUUAUAAUAGGUAACAUUACUGGAUGUGUUGACAAAACUGUAUAAGAGUAAUUCUUGUGUUUAUAUGAAAAAAUCUUAAAACGUUAUACAUGUUUAAAUGGGAAAAAGUUUAUUUGGUCUGACAAAAUGUGCAAUCAUCGUGUACGAUUGGCUUUCAAAUCAAAUUAGGACUUGUGGUUCAGUCACAUUUCUCAUGAAUGAAGGCGUAAAACUGAUCGACAUUUACAGAUAAGACUUCAAUCAAAGUAGGGUGAUGAGUCUCUUAGCCGCAGUAAAACAUUUAAAUGGUGCAAACAUUUUAAAGAAGGCCAUUCAUUCAUAAAAAACUGAUUCCAGCCAAGGUGGCUCAAAGCCGACUGCAGUCGUUUGUGUGAACAUCCAGUGAGGGACACCUUAUGUUUGAAAAUCAAAGGGAUGCCCUUGUCUGUGCGAACUGUACACACCAUCAUUCACCAACACUACUUGCACAUCACAGGGGGUUCCACAUUUUCGGGGCCCAUUGGGGAGUUCCUGGGAGGCUAGCAUUGCGAUCAGGGCCCCGGUGCACUAAGAAAACUUUCUACCCUGAUGGUACCCAAGCACUUGUGAAAUACUGGGUUAAGGCCAUUUUAUAGAGAAGCAAUGCUAGUUUUUAAUCUCAUAACUGUGUUGUUAUUUCGCACAAAAUCACAAGUCCCGGUUUGGCUUGAAUGUUCCUUCAUAUUUUGAAUUCACUGUAUUGUCUAAAUGUAAAUGUAAAUGUUUUUACAUUAAAUUCAUGAGGACUUGAGUGACACAA